CCAGGUGCGGAGAAAGCAUUGUUCCGUGCAUUAAAGACUCGUUCCAAUACACCGAAGUAUGGUCUGUUAUAUCAUUCGACAUUCAUCGGGCGAGCUGGUCUGAAGAACAAGGGUCGCAUCAGUCGCUACCUCGCCAACAAGUGCUCCAUUGCCUCCAGGAUUGAUUGCUUCUCCGAAACACAAACAACAAUAUUUGGUGAAAAACUACGUCAGCAAGUUGAAGAUCGUCUGAAAUUCUAUGAAACUGGAGACGUUCCUAUGAAGAAUAUAGAUGUUAUGAAGCAAGCUAUGGAAGAAGCAUUACACGAACAAGUACAGCAUGAAGCAGAAGGAAGUGCUAAGAAGAAGAAGAAAAAGAAGAAGGCAAAGAAAGAGGAAGAGCCGAUGGAUGAAGAUUGACAUUUUUUUCUUUUGAUUUUUUUUGUUUAAGAGUAUAAAUAUAAGUAAAUAAGUUUA